UGCUGUGCGAAAUUGACAAAGUGGGGCUUGACAUUCAAACAAAACCUGCCAGAAACAAAUUUCUAGUAUUUCACGCACACAUCACUUCAAGAGUUAUAAGUUAAUAUAAAUUUACGAUUAAUCUAAACUAAUAAGAAAGAUGUUCCGACCACAGAUGCAACCUGGCGGAGGUGGUGGAGUUGGUUGGCCAGGUGGUUCAAAUAUGAUGGGUAUGGGAGGACCGCCCGGAAGCAUGCCUACAAUAGGUAUGCCCGGCCCGAUGGGGAUGCCACCGGGAGGUAUGUGUAUGCCGCCGCCACCGCCGGGGCAAAACAUGGGCAUGCCACCGACUGGGAUGAUGCCGUCGCAAAGCCCACCACAACUGCAUGGACUGCAGCCAAUGCAGGCAAGUAAUUGUCAAUGUGCCCCGGGACCUUGGGGCCCACGACCAUCAACAGGACCCCAACAAUGGCAACCCAAUCAGCCUCAAUCAAUGAUGGUGCAGCCAUCAAUGGUGGGCAUGAAUUACAACUUUACUGGGCCACCACAACAAAUGCCGGGAGUGUGCCAAUCCAGUUGUACAAGCAACAAUGCAUAUUAUAUGCAGCAACAGCAACAACCCCAACAGCAGCAGCAACAACAAGUACAGCAGCAACAGCAGAUUCAACAAGGGCAGCUUCAAAUGCAACAAAAUGGGAUGACUCCUAACGGAAUGAAUGCGGCUUGCAAUCAACAAUCUAUGUAUAUGAGCAGCUCAGGUAAAAAGUUAGGAAGAAAGAAGUAAAGAAGCCCACAAUUUUACAGUAAACAUUACACGUACCUGUCAACCCGACUACGGAUCAGAACGGAAAAGGAAAGGACGCCAUUUUGCAGCCGUAACGUUUGUGUGAGGGCGCCACGCACAACCCGCCUGAUUCGAAUUUUUGAAUAUACCGGAUGCUCGAAAUCAAAAUAACUCGUGAUAAUUCGACCGUGUGGAAUAUUUUGUGUCAAUUGUACGUAAAAUAAUAAUACAUACGUGAAGUAAAACUAAAA